CCCGUAGCUGCCGCCUCCCAUGGAUCCCCCACUCCGUCGCCAGUCUCUGCCCCCCGCAGCUCCAUGGCCGGCGGCUGCGCCCUCUCGGGGGGCUGCCCAACAGACUUCGCCGCCUUCGCCAUUGCCUCCGCGGUUCUUGCUUUGUAAUGUUUCAUUCUCCUAUUCCCUUUCUCUCUUAUAACUCCCUCUGUUUCAGUUCGUCGGAGGACAAGAGUCCAUUUGCAUUCGGCCCGUAGCUCUUCUGUCCGAAAUGCGGGUUCUGGCUGGGAAUGGGAAGUCGCUAGAUAUGGUUUUCCUCACUCGGAUUCGAAAGGUUUUGGAGCUUAGGCGAUCCCCUGUGGCGGUAGUGAUUUGGGAUCUUAGUUACAAAUGCUGGAUUGUUCGGUGUUACAGUGUAGAGGCACGGAGAGUGUUUUUUUCCUGAAGAAUGUGAGAUUUUGUCACGGCUUGUGGGUUGUGGCUUGGUCCUAGGAUGACCAUUUUGGUGCGAAUUUAGGUCUUUAUUAACGGAGAUUUUGGUUUAGUUUACAAGGUGGCUAUUUUCUGUCAACAAGGGAUAUUCGAGUGUUAUUGAUGCAGGACCCGGAGACAUGCAAAUUACAUGCUCGAUGAAAAGGAAAUAUUUGGGUUCUUAAUUUUGCAGCAAAAAUCUCCAUGUAGAGCGUGUUGAAAAUGGUUAUACUAGACCAUAUACUUAGCCGUAUAAGAGGAACUUUUGGUCGUGUACUAAAAAAAAAACUCGACCUGUGGGGGGUAACACAGCCCCCGGGCAUUAUGCUAAGAAGAAGAAGACCUUCUCACGCAGGUCGAGAAAACCUCCAAACUCCCGCACCGUAGCCCGUGUGAGACUACCAACGAUCUGGGCCGGACCUUAGACCUAUGCUUUGGCAUGGGACAGAUGAGGGGAUUUUUUUAACCCCAGCCUGAAAUUUGCUCCCACGGGGAGUCGAACCCAGGACCUGAGGAGUGCUACUAGAGCCACCUAACCAACUCAGCUAGAGGCCUGUUCGCUUUGGUCGUGUACCACAUACCUAUUUAAAAAAAAAACUUGACCAUGAGAGGAGACACCCCUGGGCUUUGUUCUAAGAAGGUGCCGUGCUUCGAACCCAGGUCGGGAUGGGAGUUUCAACGACUCCCGGAGUUCGCUCUAACCGGUCCACUGCGAGAAGCUUGGUGUACCACCUACCUGUUACUAUAUAAAGUGGGUAGGCUGCAGUUCUGCACAAUGGCACGAUUGUACUGUAUAAUUGCUACGUGUAGUGACCUUGGACUAUUACCAUAUAAAUUGUAGCAGGCGAAAUCAUCAGAGUUCUGUUUCAUAAACUAGAAAUUGGCACCAAUACUUAGUGUGUUAGCCAUUUUCAACUGUAUAAUAGGGGUUACUUUACAGCGAGUUUUUUCCCCUACAACCUUAGGGUGUUGAAUAUUUUUGUUUGCAAGGUGGAUAUUGAAUCUUAUUACAUAAUUCUGUCAGCAUCUGAAUUAUUUUGAACAAUCAAUAUCUUACUCUGUUCAGGCUCAUUUUCCGUGCUCUCUUUCCCUUCAUCUAUCGGAAGGGCAAAAGAACUGGUGUUUGGCUUGUAAUAGUUCAAAUUAUUGGAAGCACUGAUCUGUUGCUCUCACUGGUGGUGCGCUAUUUUGACUCUUUUGAUGCCUUUGGUAUGGCUUUUGAAUGAGUAAAAGAACUAAUACCUACAAGGUGCAGAUGUCAAUGAACUUUCUGAAGUUAAAGCUUGGGCAUCCUUGGAAAUCAUGUUAUCUCUGGGCAGGUUCACUUAUCCGACAACCUUCGUUUGGGCAGAAGGGCCUUUUGGAUUUGGAUUGUUGAUCAGUUGCCGCAUUGUACAGGGAUUUCAGUUAUAUCACGUUUUUGUUAAGCACCGGUUGCCACCGAUCAGGCCUUCCAUUAUUUUAGUAGUUAUACUCCUUCCAUGGAUAUGUGGAGCUGCUGUUUUUCAUUGGAAUAAACCUUUGAAUCACCGGUGUCACAUGCAGGCUCAGUGGGUGAUUCCAGUAAUGUGUAUACAUGGAUUUUAUAUUGCUGGUUUAAUUGUCAUCACAUUAUCCAUUCGACAUAUUGAAUUCAGAUUCAGUGAAUUUAAGGAUCUUCUACAAGCAAUUAUUGUUUCAACAAUAGCAGUAGGAUUUUGGAUUGUUGCAUAUGUCCUGAAUGAAAUUCACGAAGAUAUUGCAUGGAUUCAAGUUUUCUCUAGAUUUUCCCUUCUUGUCAUGGCAAGUAUUCUGGUGCUGCUAUUCUUCUCAAUGUCUAUUUCUCAACCUCUGCAUUCACAAAUAAGUCUAGGAAAGCAAGAGUCGACUGCCUUUAUGACUAUGGGUGAAGCAUUAGGUAUAACUGAUAGGGGUUCAGUAAAGAAGAUUAAUGCCACUCAUUUUGAUUCGAAUCAACCAUUGGACAAGCUGCUUGAGGACAAAAGAUUCCGGAUGUCUUUCAUGUCAUUUGCGGACAGUUGCUUAGCUGGAGAGAGUGUUCAUUUCUAUGAAGAGGUGUAUGACCUGAAGAAGAUACAUCUGGAUGAUUCCAUUAGAAGAAUAUACAUGGCAAGACACAUCAUUGAAAAAUAUAUUGACGCAGGUGCAGAAAUGGAGAUAAAUAUUUCUCACAGAACUCGCCAAGAGAUACUAGGAACACCUGAUCUAACUCAUCCAAAUCUGUUUGACAGUGCAGUGAGUGAGAUAUUGCAGCUGAUCAAAAUGAAUUUGGCAAAGGAUUACUGGUCAUCCCUGCACUUUGCUAAGCUGAAGGAAGAUAUAGAGAGAGGGCCCAACGGCCCUGAGCUCAUGCCAUUGGAUUACUCCCCAAGAGUUACUUUUGUGCGGUGUACUGAUGAUCCCUUUUACGAAGAACACGCUGCGACUUGUAAUUGAACGGUUGAUAGACAAUGUGGAUGCGGUUGUAUGCUUGGCUCGGCCUUGUCACGUCGAAAUGGGGAAAAAAACAGCAGUUUUUUUUUAUAGAUAUGUCCAGUUCUGUCA